UGGCCCCUCCCUUCCUAUGGAGCGUGCGCAUGCGUCGUAGCGCACGCGCGCCUGGCAGUGAGCGGAGUCAUGAUGGCGGCGGACAGGCCGUGCUGAUGAGACAGCGAAAUAGGCGACAGCUACAGGAGCUUACAACUGGGUUACUAUCGCAGCGCUCUCCACGAAGGCAGCAUCGCAGUGGCGCGCUGAGACAAAACCGGGGAGCAGAGGCUGACAGAGCGGGCGAUCCGACCCGCUAAUUAGAGGCCGGAGCACACCGGAUCUUGACACUGCACCCAGGACACAGCGGGACCGGGAGGGUCACACAACGUAGCCGCCAUGCAGAUCACGAUGAAGACGCUGCAGCAGCAAACCUUCAAAAUAGAUAUUGACUGCGAAGAAACGGUCAAAGCUUUAAAAGAGAAAAUUGAACUUGAGAAGGGGAAGGAUCAGUUUCCUGUUGGUGGCCAAAAAUUAAUUUAUGCAGGUAAAAUCCUUAAUGAUGAUACAGCACUUAAAGAAUACAAAAUUGACGAGAAGAACUUUGUAGUGGUUAUGGUUACGAAACCAAAACCAGCAGCAUCCCCCUCCGUACCAGCUCCAGCACCAACCCAGCCUGCUAGCACUGCUACUGCUGCCCCUUCAUCACCACCCCAGACAUAUACACCGAUUUCUCGAACCAAUGCUCCUGGGUCUCUUCCAUUCCCUUUACCUAACAUCCCUAUACCUAGUCUAGUUACUACUGAGCCCCAGACAACCACAGCUAGUAGAGAAGAGAAACCUGAAGAGAAGACAGAGAGUCCUGAGGAGACGGUGAGCCCUUCAUCAACGGAGGGCAGUGUACCCAGUGACUCUACUCGACCAUCUCUUUUUGAAGAUGCAACAAGCGCACUUGUAACCGGUCAGUCCUAUGAAAAUAUGGUAACAGAAAUUAUGUCUAUGGGCUAUGAACGGGAGCAAGUGAUUGCUGCUCUUAGAGCCAGCUUUAACAAUCCUGACAGGGCUGUGGAGUAUCUCCUCAUGGGAAUCCCAGGGGACAGAGAAGAUCAAGCAGGUGCUGAUCCUCCCCAAGCAGUCAGUGAUCCUACCCCACCGCUGCCGGCAGUAGCUGGAGCAGCUGCUACAGCUACGGCUACUGCUACGGCUACUGCAACUGCAACUACAACUACACCCUCUACACCUUCUGGAGGAAAUCCCCUUGAUUUUUUACAGAAUCAGCCUCAGUUUCAGCAGAUGAGACAGAUUAUUCAACAGAAUCCUUCUCUGUUGCCAGCACUUCUGCAACAAAUUGGGAGGGAAAAUCCCUCAUUACUGCAGCAAAUUAGUCAACACCAGGAACAGUUCAUCCAGAUGUUAAAUGAUCCUAUCCCAGAAUCAGGAAGUCAGGGAGGAGGAAGGGGAGUUGCAGCUGAGGCUGGAAGUGGUCAUAUGAACUAUAUUCAAGUGACACCUCAGGAAAAGGAAGCCAUUGAAAGGCUAAAAGCACUAGGAUUUCCUGAGGGACUGGUGAUACAGGCUUAUUUUGCAUGCGAGAAGAAUGAAAACCUGGCUGCCAAUUUCCUUCUACAGCAGAACUUUGAUGAUGAUUGAAAAAAAGACUAUUUUUUAUCUAACUUCACACCAGUGCAUUACACUAACUUUGCUUACUGGAUUUACUGGGAUGAUUUGGGCUCAUAUCCACAAUAUUUGGUGUACAAUAGUCAAGGGGGGUGGGUGGGUUAGGGGAAAUAUUGGAAAAGCUAGGACAUAAAUCUGCUAUAAUUGAGCAGUUGCAGCAAUCGGCGUGUGUUGUGGAAAAGAUUAUUAAAGUCAAAAAUUUGAAAAUAUCGCUUCUGCAAGCAUUUUUCCCUUCUGAAUACCAUCUGCUAAUUUACAUAUUUUAUUUUUUCACUAGUCUAUUUAGAUCCAGAAAUUUAGUGUAAUGCCCUGCCUCUUGUUUUCUUUCUAACAUAUACCUUGGUAUUGGAAAAAAACUAAAUCUGGUGCUAUUGGAGGUAUUUGUAAUUCACAGUAGCACCAGCUUGUGACCUUGUACGACUUUAGGGCUUUAAGGAAGAUUUAUGAAAUGUAAAUGCCAAACUAAAGAUAGGUGAUUAUUACACCUUUUGUACAUGUCAAAUGCUGUGAAAAUGGGUUCAGAAGCUCUUUCUUCCAAUAAAUAAUCUUUACUGAUAUUUAAGUAAAUCCCUGAUCAUUGGGUGUGAAGUAGCCACUUUCUGUUCUGGCUGACAAAACAGUAUAUAUAUAUAUAUAUAUAUAUUAUUUUUUUUCUUGCCGUUAAUUGAAAUGGAUAGCUUUCUAAUUGCUCAUUCUCUUCAAUUUUUACAUUGCAGUAAAGGUUUUAAAACAACUGUUGCAUGUUUUUUUGGUUUUGAUGGAGCCCACUUGCUGUGUUUUAAGUAACAUUUUUUCAGUGAUUACUUAAUUUCCAUGUCUGAUGAAAUUGUGCAACCUCUUCUGGCUGUCAGCUCAUUUACCCUGUUAUUCUCCUAAAUGAACACUUAUGCCAACUCAACCCAUAUCCAUACAAGCUGCUUGAUGUGAUAACUGGGAGAAGGGUUUUGCACUGUUUUUCUUUCAUCCCCCGUAGCAAAAUAUUCAGUAAGAGUUAUUCUGCUAUAAAGCUGGCAUGACAGAGCUUGAGAACACAUCCUCUGGGGUUUUUUUUUUGUUUUUUUAAGAAGGCAUGGCAUAUAAUUGAACUGUUAGGACUAUUGUGUAUGUACCACUUAUAUACUUUGGAUGAAUGGACAGAUGGACAAUCGGCAAAAAGUAAAAUACCCAAAAAAAUUAUGCACAACAUUAAAAGUUCUCCUUGUA